CCUGCUUUUUGAGGUCAAAUAUAAAGCUGCUUGUCUUGCCUGUGUCAUGAAUCGCAAUGGACAUUUAGCACUGACAACACGUGGGACUUCGAACACCUUGCGCACAAGAUUAUUACAAUUUUCAUUUUCAACUUGUAAAUGGAGUUACCGGGAGGGAAUGACCACGUCCAUCUCAAUGCAUACAAACCCACUGUGGAGACUAACGGGAAGGCGACCUCUUCGUCCCCGUUGGAAGAGUCGGGUUACUAUGGGUACUUUGGUGGCCGGUUCAGCGUGGCCUCCAGCCAGGCCGAAAGCACGAUGACCACAUAUGAGACUCUGGAUGCACCCCCACACUACGACUUUUACGCAAACACCGAGGUCUGGGGCCGACGCAGACGGUUCAGACCCUCACUGUACCAGCUGUAUGCAAACCCCGAGGAUGACUCCAAACCACCUUUGUAUGAGGAGACUCCUAUGCAACACUUGGACCGAGGGGAAACCACUGAUGAAGAUGAUGAAGAGGAGCAGGGGGAGCCACCUGCUGAACCCACUCGCUUUGGAUGGGUUCAGGGUGUCAUGAUUCGAUGCAUGUUAAACAUCUGGGGUGUGAUCCUAUUCCUCCGUCUACCUUGGAUUACUGCUCAAGCUGGUAUCGGGUUAACGUGGGUGAUCAUUCUGCUGUCCUCUACAAUAACAGGAAUCACUGGCCUUUCCACUUCAGCCAUCGCAACCAAUGGAAAAGUAAAAGGAGGGGGGACAUAUUUCCUGAUCAGCCGCAGUUUGGGACCUGAGCUGGGAGGAUCCAUCGGUCUCAUCUUUGCUUUUGCCAAUGCAGUAGCUGUAGCGAUGCACACUGUGGGGUUUGCGGAGACUGUUACUGACCUUAUGAGCGAGCAUGGAGCUGUCAUGGUGGAUAAAUUAAAUGACAUUCGAAUCAUUGGCGUUAUCACUGUCACCUGUCUUUUGGGCAUCUCUUUGGCUGGUAUGGCUUGGGAAUCAAAGGCCCAGGUUGUGUUCUUUCUGGUUAUCAUGGUGUCCUUUGCCAGUUACAUUGUUGGCACCAUCAUCCCUGCCAGUCCUCAGAAACAAGCCAAGGGUUUCUUCAGCUACAGAGCUGACAUCUUUGCUCAAAACUUUGUGCCUGGCUGGCGAGGAAAAGAGGGUAGUUUCUUUGGCAUGUUCUCGAUUUUCUUCCCUUCAGCUACUGGCAUUUUGGCAGGAGCGAACAUUUCGGGAGAUCUCAAGAAUCCAACAGUCGCCAUACCUAAAGGGACACUUUUGGCUAUUUUCUUUACCACCAUGUCAUAUCUCAUCAUAUCUGCCACCAUUGGUUCUUGUGUAUUGCGCGAUGCUUCAGGAGUAUUGAAUGACACUUUGACAGCCUCUUCAAACCCAGAGUCUUGUGUGGGCCUGGGCUGUCAGUAUGGAUGGGACUUCUCUGAGUGCAUUCAGAAUGGCACCUGUACGUAUGGCAUCAUGAACUACUACCAGUCAAUGAGCUUGGUGGCAGCCUUUGCUCCCCUCAUUACUGCUGGUAUCUUUGGAGCCACAUUGUCCUCUGCUUUGGCCUGUCUGGUCUCUGCUCCCAAAGUUUUCCAGUGUCUAUGUAAGGACAGGCUAUAUCCUCUCAUUGGCUUUUUUGGCAAAGGUUAUGGCAAAAAUGAUGAACCACUUCGAGGUUAUCUGCUGACGUAUGUUAUUGCUGCCUGCUUCAUUCUUAUUGGUGAGCUGAACACCAUUGCUCCCAUCAUCUCCAACUUCUUUCUUUGCUCCUACACACUCAUCAACUUCAGCUGUUUCCACGCUUCAAUCACCAACUCACCAGGCUGGCGCCCUUCGUUCCGGUUUUAUAAUAAGUGGCUGUCGUUGCUGGGGGCAGUUUGUUGUGUGGUCAUUAUGUUCCUGCUCACCUGGUGGGCAGCUCUCAUCGCGUUUGGAAUUGUUUUCUUUCUCCUGGGAUACACCCUCUACAAGAAACCUGCUGUGAACUGGGGCUCCUCGGUACAGGCCAGUUCUUACAGUAUUGCUUUGAACCAGUGUGUGGGCCUCAACCAGGUAGAAGACCAUGUCAAAAACUACAGGCCACAGUGUCUGGUGCUGACCGGACCACCCAGCAGUCGCCCAGCUCUUGUCGACCUUGUCAGCUGUUUCACAAAAAGUCUCAGUCUAAUGAUGUGUGCAAAUGUUAUAUCUGGCCCCGACGCCUCUGUGGUACAAAGGGAAACCAGUGAGAAACAUGUGACGUGGCUAAACCACCGGAAGGUCAAGUCUUUUUACAGAGGAGUAGUGUCCUCAGACCUGCGCACAGGGGUCAACAUGUUAAUGCAGGGGGCAGGACUGGGCCGCAUCAAGCCUAAUGUUUUGCUAUUGGGAUUUAAGACGUCCUGGCGCAGUGACUCUCCUCAGGCUGCUCAUGAUUACAUUGGCAUUCUGCAUGAUGCGUUUGCACUGCAGUAUGGAGUGUGCGUGCUGAGGAUGAAGGAAGGACUGGACAUCUCGAAACAACCUCAAGCUCACAUCAAUCCUGUCUUUGAUGAAGGACCAGAGACCGCCUGCAGCACAUUGUCCCGGUCAGAGCUUCGACCCAGCACUGUUUCCACUAUCUCGAGCUCACCCGAACCUCAGCUGACGACAGGGUUCCAGAAAAAACAAGCAAAGAAGACCAUAGAUGUAUACUGGUUGUGUGAUGAUGGAGGCCUUAUCCUACUACUGCCCUACCUGCUGACCCGUAGGAAGCGCUGGUCCAGGUGUAAGGUCAGAGUCUUUGUUGGUGGACUACCAGACAAGAAAGAAGAGCAGAAACAGGAGGUUUUGGCAUUGAUCAAGAAAUUUCGUCUUGGCUUCCAUGAUGUUGAAGUCCUCCCUGAUAUCUACCAAAAUCCCCAACCUAUGAAUGUGCAGCUUUUUGAGAAUAUGGUGGCUCAGUACCGAAAGGACAUGAACCUCCAACAAGACUGUGGACCGACUAGAGUCUGUGAUGGGCCCUGGAUGAUCACUGAGCAAGACUGGGAGAGGAACAAAGCCAAGACUCUACGUGAGAUUCGACUGAAUGAGAUUUUACAGGACUAUUCUAGAGAGGCAGCGUUAAUCCUUGUCACUAUGCCCGUGGGAAGAAGAGGAGUGUGUCCAAGUGCUCUUUAUCUGGCCUGGCUGGACUUUAUAUCACAUGAUCUUCGACCUCCUGUCCUAUUGGUCAGAGGAAACCAAGAGAAUGUUCUCACUUUCUACUGUCAAUAAGUGGCCUUCGUUUGCUUUCAAAUUAUGAUAUUAUUUAAUUUAAAUGCUUCAAUAGGUUUGCGCAUGAAGCAAAUGUAAAAAAUUAAAUCUAAUAAUGUGUGUAUGGCCUAAAUGACUUGGUUAUAUAACAGGCCAAACAAAAGAAAAUAACUAAGCUACUGCAGGGAUUUGUAGGAAACUAUAAUGUAUUUCAAAUGGUGACAGUUUGUUGUAUUUAACAGAUAUUAAUAAGAAGUCAAGUUAGUUUAAGAAUGUAAUUGUUAUGUACUGUGUACUUUUAAUGUGUUUGCACAUGCCCAGGGACUGCACAUGGAAAGAAGCAGAAGCUAAAUAUGGUAGACAUCUUUUCUUUUGCAAGAUUCUUUUGCACGUGGUCCCUGGCAAAUAAAGAAUAGAAUAAACUAUAUAUUAAUUGCCUUGCAUUACAGUUGAGAUAGUACUAAUGAAAGGUGUUUUGCUGAACCUUGAUCACUGACAGAAAGGAAAGUGAUACUGUGAAUCGGCUUGAAUUUCUCUCAAAACGUUGAAUUUUACCUGGUUAAUUUGUUUGAACAUACAAAUAAAGCGAAUAUUAACUGUGGUCACAUCUUUUCCCACCUUCCUAAAGAAAGUCAGUGAAAAUAUGCUUUCACGUCAAUUUUAGUUAGAGAGAAACCGGUUACUGAUUA